GACAUGUGUCUCCAGCAUCUACCAGCAUGGUCUCAAGUGUCCACUUCUCAAACCUAUCUCUGUGACCAUGCUUUUGAGCAAGCUCUUGUUUUCCUUAAUCAGGCAACUAUUGCACAAGGUAGUGGGUAUAUUAAUAAUCAAUUUUCCUCACCCAAAAAUGAGUAGAUUUUUCAUUUUUCCCAUCUUGGUUGUCUGAUAUUGCUUUUGUUAGCCCACCAUCUCAGACAUAGAAACACAAGCAGUGUUGUCCUGAGAUCUCUCUUGUUGCUUUACUUGCAUGAUAACACUUUUCCAGACUGUCAGUUACUGUCACCAGAAAUCAUUGAAGGUAAGACUUAGUUAAGAGGCAACAUAAGAGGUCACGGUUUGGUUAAAAAUUUGAGGUUCCUAAUGUUUUAGGACUUGAAAGUGAGCUCAGUGAAGAGGGUGUAGUGUAGGCCUACAGAGUUAUAGGAUUCUGUGCAACAGCCAUGUGAAAUUUGUAUACACAGGGAUGGGAACCCAAACCUUUAAGACAAUUAUUAGUUUCCCCUUUAUAUUUUUAUUCUAAUACUUAUGACUUGUCCUCCUAUCAUUAUAGGUCAUUUCUAGAAAUGAACUUCUAGUUGUUUAUAUAUACUGUGUGCUUUAAUUUAUUGAAGAAAAAGCAGAACAGAACACAAGUCCAAAACACUUCCCAGCAGCCAAUUUCAGAAUUCCUGAUCCAGCACAGUUAAACUCAGAAACUGAGAGCAAUGGAGGCAUUUCCAAGAGACCCUCGUGGCUCACUUGAAGUAUUCAACCCUUCCUCUUCCCUCACCACCGAGAAGCCAACCAACUCGCCGUUACGCACCCAACACUCCUGGAAGGAUUGGAAAGACCCAACACGCGCCGACGACCCUCCAAAGCCAAUCGCCGGUUCAAAUGCCGAUGAAGUCGCGGUCGCAAUCAGUGACCCUCCAACCUCCUGGAUGGCAAUCAGUGAAACUGCGUCACCUCCACCGGUGGUCAGAGAAUCCGCGGCGGCGCAGAGGGCGGCGGAGUGGGGUUUAGUGCUGAAAACAGACGCGGAGACAGGGAAGCCGCAGGGAGUGGGGGUUCGGAGCUCCGGCGGGUCGAGAAGGGACUCGAAGACCUCCGUGAGAAGCUCCGGCGAGUCGUCAGAUGACGGCGGCGGGGAGUACCGGGGAAUACCGAGGGUGUCGGAGGAUUUGAGGGAUGCGUUGUCGGCGUUUCAACAGACAUUCGUGGUGUCGGAUGCUACCAAACCCGAUUACCCGAUAUUGUAUGCGAGUGCCGGGUUUUUUAAGAUGACGGGUUAUACUUCCAAAGAGGUCAUAGGGAGGAACUGUCGGUUUAUGCAGGGAUUAGAUACUGAUCCAGAGGACGUGGCUAAGAUAAGAGAAGCACUGCAAGGUGGAGAGAGUUAUUGUGGAAGGUUACUAAACUACAAGAAGGAUGGGACUCCCUUUUGGAACCUUCUCACUAUUUCCCCGAUCAAGGACGACAAUGGCAAUGUCCUUAAAUUUAUAGGAAUGCAAGUGGAGGUUAGCAAGCACACUGAGGGGUCCAAGGAAAAGAUGCUACGUCCCAAUGGAUUGCCUGAAUCCUUGAUUCGAUAUGAUGCUCGUGAGAAAGAGAAAGCAAACUCCUCAGUCACCGAGCUGGUUCAAGCCGUACGUCGCCCAAGAGCACUCAGUGAAUCAACAAACCGUCCCUUGUUCAUCAAAAAGCCAACAACAACACGCGAUGCUGAUCAAGACAAACCAGACAAGAAGCCAUCAAGGAGAAAAUCUGAGAGUGUUGCUUCUUCCAGACGCAAAUCACACUCCGGCGGAGACACAAUGCAGCGAAUCUCCGAGCUCCCCGAGAAGAAAAACAAGAACUCACGCCGUCGUUCUUUCAUGGGGUUCGUCAGGAAAAGUAUGUCCAAUUUUGAAAGCUUCCAUGAUGAAGAAGUUGCUGAUGAGGGCUCUGAUUCUAGUGAGGAUGAUGGCAGGACUGAUAGCUUUGAUGACUACAAAGUACAAAAGAGGGAAAAGAGAAAGGGUCUUGAUCUUGCUACCACGCUUGAACGUAUCGAGAAGAACUUUGUCAUUACUGAUCCGAGGCUACCUGACAACCCCAUUAUCUUUGCUUCUGAUAGCUUCUUAGAGCUUACGGAAUAUAGCCGCGAAGAAAUCUUGGGAAGAAAUUGCAGGUUUCUGCAAGGACCUGAGACUGAUCCAGCAACUGUGAAAAAAAUUAGACAGGCUAUUGACAACCAAACAGAUGUUACUGUGCAGCUUAUUAAUUAUACAAAGAGUGGUAAAAAGUUCUGGAACCUAUUUCAUUUACAACCAAUGCGUGAUCAGAAGGGAGAGGUACAGUAUUUUAUUGGGGUUCAACUUGAUGGUAGUCAACAUGUGGAGCCUCUUCACAACUGCAUUAAAGAAGAUACAGCAAAGGAGGGAGAACAUUUGGUAAAACAAACAGCAGAAAAUGUUGAUGAUGCAUUGAGAGAACUCCCAGAUGCAAAUUUGAAACCAGAUGAUUUAUGGAUGAAUCAUUCAAAACUGGUUCACCCCAAACCUCACAGGAAGGAUGCUGAUGCUUGGAGAGCUAUUCAGAAGAUCCUAGAUAAUGGAGAACAGAUAGGCUUAAAGCAUUUCAAACCAAUUAAGCCUUUGGGAUCAGGAGAUACUGGCAGUGUCCAUCUGGUGGAGCUAUGUGAAACUGGUCAAUAUUUUGCCAUGAAGGCUAUGGAGAAGGGUGUUAUGCUCAAUCGUAACAAGGUGCAUAGAGCUUGCACAGAGAGAGAAAUCCUGGACAUGUUGGACCACCCUUUUCUUCCUGCAUUAUAUGCUUCCUUUCAGACCAAAACACAUGUUUGUUUAAUAACUGAUUACUAUCCUGGAGAACUAUUCAUACUUCUUGACCGACAACCAGCAAAGGUUCUCAGGGAAGACUCAGUAAGAUUUUAUGCUGCUGAAGUAGUUGUUGCAUUGGAGUACCUCCAUUGUCAAGGGAUCAUAUAUCGGGAUUUGAAGCCAGAAAAUGUGUUACUCCAGAGCAGCGGACAUGUCUCCCUAACAGAUUUUGAUUUAUCAUGUUUAACAUCUUGCAAACCACAGCUUGUAAUUCCAGCUACAAAUGAAAAAAAGGGACAGCAGAAAGGCCAACAGGCUCCUGUAUUUAUGGCUGAACCAAUGAGAGCAUCAAAUUCUUUUGUUGGCACAGAAGAGUACAUAGCACCGGAAAUUAUAACAGGUUCAGGCCAUACUAGUGCAGUUGAUUGGUGGGCUCUUGGAAUUCUUCUAUAUGAAAUGUUGUAUGGUUACACUCCAUUCAGGGGAAAAACUAGGCAAAGAACAUUUGCAAAUAUUCUCCACAAGGAUCUUAAAUUUCCAAAAAGUAAACAGGUAAGUCUGAGUGGAAAACAGUUAAUGUACCGGUUGUUGCAGAGAGACCCCAGUAGCAGAUUGGGCUCAAAGGAAGGAGCAAAUGAAAUUAAGCGCCAUCCCUUCUUCCGGGGUAUCAACUGGGCCCUAGUUCGUUGCACGAAACCUCCUGAGCUUGAUGCUCCUCUCUUUGGGACAACUGAAGAAGAAAAGAAAGCCAAAUAUGUAGAUCCUGUGAAAGAGGAUAUGAGUGUCUUCUGAAAGGUUAAAGGAUGACUUCAUAUCAAAUUCAGGAGUACAGAAUGAGUUAUUUGGAUUCUUGAGCAAUUAAUGGAAUUUUGAACUCUCUUGGUGGCUAAGGCUUGAGGCUAGUCCAGUUCAGCAAUCAAAGCUUGAUUAUAUAGUUGCAUGUUUCAUUGUAAUUUAUGAAUGGUGUGAUGAGAUGUUUCUAAUUUGCCAAUUGAUGGUGUAAAUUUGUUCUUGUCAUAAUUUAUUUUGUGAUUUUCCUUUUA